AUGGUUCGGAACGAAGACAAUGGAACAGCUGAUCUAUUCAAGUCAACAAUUAAUGAAUAUCUAGACAAUCUUCCUGAAUCUGUCCAUCAACAGCUCUUCCAAUCCAGAGAGACAUGCCUAGCUAUAUUUAGGCUAUUACCCUCAUUAUCAAAGUUCUAUAUUAUGAGCUUAUUAUUUCAUGAUGGAAAUGUUCCAUAUUCGGAUUUGAAUCGAUGGAUAAAGGCGAACAAAAGUGACGUUAAAGGGUAUCAAAAUCCAACAAAAAUAUAUCAAAAUGAUUCGAUUAAAAGAUUGAAAUCUUUGCACAUUUUAAAGGAAAUUAAAAGACAGAUGAUCCACCCUAUCACCAAGCAACCUACCAUGAUCACAUUUGUGCAGCUAAAUGAGACGUUUAGACAAUCAUUCCGGGAUUCCUUGACUGGAUUCUUACCUGGCUCCAAUAAGGAAAAUCAGGAUCAGAUAAUGUUAGCAUCGGAGACAACAACAAUCAACGAAGGAGAUAAAGAGGGCAGUGAUAUUAAGACGCUUUUUGAUGACGAUGCUGAUAGUGGUGGGAAAAUCACUAUUGACUAUUUGGAUAAAUAUUGUUUCGCCAAGUGGGAGAACAUCUUGCAUUUUAUGGUAGGUACAGAAAUUAAGGACAUACCAUCAGUUGAAGUGCUAACCCUAUUGAGAUACUCUGGUUUAAUGGAGCUACCUAGUGAUAGAGAACGCCGAGAAUUGGCCAAUGGUGACAUUGACGAGGACGAUGAUUUGACGUAUGAGGAUGUUAAAUCCUCGAUGAACAUAAAUACCUUACGAGAACUAAAGAUUACAAAGAACGGAUUUCAAUUCUUACUACAAGAGAUCAGCUCACAGAUUUGGACAUUAUUGAUCCAGUAUCUUAUCUUGGCGGAGAAGAGGGAUAUGAAUCCCGUUGAGGUGUUGAAUUUUAUAUUCUUAAUGGGAAGUUUACAGUUGGGACAAGGGUAUGACAUCAAGAUGUUAUCGAGAACGCAAUUGAUAAUGUUGGAUGAAUUGCACAACUAUGGGUUGAUUUACCACAGAGCCAAAAGCAAUGUCUUUUACCCGACCAGACUAGCAACCUCACUUACAAGUGAGAAUUCUACUUUUAAAAGUGCAUCUAAUGCGAUUGACCAGGAGAUUCAGCAAAGACAGCAAGAACAACAACAGCAGCAGCAGCAACGAGGGGAGAAGAUUAGCAAUAGUAACAAAGGCUCAAUCAUUAUUGAAACGAAUUUUAAGUUAUACUGUUACACGAAUUCACCAUUACAAAUCGCCAUAUUGAAUCUAUUCGUCAAUCUCCGGACAAGAUUCUCCAAUAUGGUCACUGGGGUAAUCACGCGGGAGUCGAUUAGGCAUGCACUUUCCAAUGGAAUUACCGCUAACCAGAUAAUCAAUUACCUUGAGACGCAUGCGCACAGCGGUAUGGUUGAGCUGGCCGAGACUGAGUACAAUAAGAAAUAUGAGUUUGAGAGUUCUAUUGGUAAUACCACAGCAAUAGAGCAACUAAGACUAGAAAUUCUGCCGCCAACAGUAGUUGAUCAAAUCAAACUCUGGCAGCUAGAGAUGGAUAGGGUUGAGCCAUUCAAGGGAUUCCUCUACAAGGACUUUAACAAUGAGUUUGAAUUUGAGAAACUCUUGAAUUACGGAGAGGAAAUUGGGGUGAUUAUUUGGAAGGACAGGAAUAAGCGGAAAUUUUUUGUAAGUGAAGAUGGUAAUCCACAGCUAAUCGAUUAUGCCAACAAGAUAGUAAGAAACGGAACAGCAUCAAGAAAUGCAACCCCGUUAUAA